GCCACGCGUUCAUUGUCUUAUUCUACUUCUCCCUUGUUGAUGACUCGAAUGCGCUGUAUAUAUACCAUUUCGGUCGAACUACGCUUGACACUUUCUACUCGCGAAUUAUCCGUCGUGACUGCUGCGGGGUGUUUUGUUUAGGUCUUUGGAUUUUUCCUUCGGAUCUUUAUGCGAUAUAGAAAGUAACCCUAAUGGCGUGAGAUAAAUAGUAAAAUAUACUUUCUUUCUAUAAAUUCCACUUUUAACGUAAGUACCCUAAUUUUUGAUUUUGAGAUAAAUAACUGGCCGAUGAUAAAGAACGGGUCUCCGUGAAUAAUGUGGCUUUCUACUCUGCAUUGCACCGCUAUCUAUCAUCGUUUUAACAAAACACGUCCUCCAUGCAAAACGAAAGUUACCAUUUGUCGAUCGUAUAUUCUUCUGAACUGUCAAAAUUAUUAAUUGUCUUUGGUCUUCAGUCUUAACCCCGAAAGUUUGAGAGACACCGCUUUCCAAAGUAUGGUGCAGGUUAGGUUGGGGUUAGGUGCAGUAUAAACAAUAACAAAACGUGAAAUUGGCGACCUCAUUUUAUACCUUGAAAUAAUUGUAGUUCAAGAUAUUUCUUUAAUUCGUUACAAUGGACGAUGUAUAUAAAUUUUAUAAUAGAAAUGCAUCAGCGAAAGUGCAUAUAAAAGAAUAUUUUGAUAAUUAUCGGAAAUUGAUAUCCGAUUGUUUUAUACCUAUGAAAAAAGAUGAAAAUAAUUUGAUGGAAAUGAUGGGAGUCCAGCUUACAGAGGAAGAAAUGUCCACGUUAACAGAAUAUUGCAGCGUUGAUAAUUUAACAGUGGAAGGAGAAGUUCCAAAAUUAAUUAAUAAUAGAAAAAUAAGAAAAAAAGAGGUGUUUGAUGCUCAAGAACCACCAGAAGAUGUACAGUUACAAACUAUUCAAAGUCUAAGGCAAAGGUUAAAACAAAAAUUCAAAAAGCCUACUUAUAAAUACCUAAGUGAAUUGUUCGUAAAUUAUAGAAAGGUAGAAGCAACAAAUGAAACAUGUGCUGUUCCUGGUCAUGAUAUUCUUAUAUUUGUUAGAAUUUACCAUCCUUUCCUGCACCGUGGAAAAAGUGCACCAAAGACGGAAUGUGGUACAUUGUUACGAUUACAUAAUAUUAUAGCGGUACUAGGUUCUCAAACACUUGCUCAAUUACGGGAUAAAAUAUCAUGUAUUGCUGAUUACAGUAUUUCUAGAGAAUGUAGCAAUAACUUGGACAAUGCGAUAGGACCUAUGGCAAAAGAUGUUUACAAAUCAGGGUUUUUUUUUAUUGAAGAUACUUUCUAUAACGAUAUGAGGUGUCCCACAAAUGUUGACUAUAGUAAGGUAAUCAUCAAUUGGGCACAAAGAAGACCAAAAUUAGGACCUUUUAAAACUGCCACAAUGGAAGAUGGUACGCUGGAUUCAUUGUGCGUAAGGUUUGGAUUCCCAUGGGUGUACAAGCACCAAGGUGGUUGUGAACAUUUAAUUGUGUUUAGCGAUGCUAGGUUUAUUAACUGUGAUGAUGAAUUAGCGAUAUCCGCGUAUCCAAGAAUAGUUAGAUUAAGACCUACAUCUUCCAAAUUUUGUAUGAUAUGUGGUAUCUUCACUGUUCAAUGGAUUACAAUGGAACAUGAAAGAAUACCGCACAAUCCUUGUUAUUUUUGUGAUAUUUGUUUUAAGUCUUAUAACUAUAUUAACGGUAAAAAGGUCGGCGAAUUUAAAGCGUACGCAUAUCCACGAAAUAUUGAAGCCGUGAAGGGAAAAAUAGAAAUAUAAAUGUACCGAACUCCAUUUGUUUGCAUCAAAAAAUAAAUUAUUUUAUUAACGUUUUCAGAGAA